AGGCGGGGCCGGCGGCGGUGGCAGGCGGGGCCGGCGGGAGUGCUCAGUGUUGGGGCGUCGUGUGCUCGCUCGGCAUCCCCGCUUGACCCUCCGUGUGUGUAACAGAAAGUUUGAAGUCAUGUCCACAAAACCAAAACUUUACUACUUUGAUGGAAGAGGCAAGAUGGAAUCGAUUCGUUGGUUGUUGGCUGCAGCUGGGGUCGAGUUUGAAGAAGAGUUUUUGGAAACCCGAGACCAGUAUGAGAAACUCCUGCAAGGUGGAUCCCUGCUGUUUCAGCAGGUGCCCAUGGUGGAGAUGGAUGGGAUGAGGAUGGUGCAGACCAGAGCCAUCCUCAGCUACAUUGCAGCAAAGUACAACCUCUAUGGGAAGGACCUGAAGGAGAGAGCCUUGAUUGAUAUGUAUGUUGGAGGAACUGAUGACCUUAUGGGCUUCAUUUUGAUGUUCCCUUUCUUAUCAGCAGAGGAUAAAGAGAAACAACGUGCCUUAAUAGUUCAAAAGGCGACAAGCAGGUAUUUCCCAGUGUAUGAAAAGAUUUUGAAAGACCAUGGGCAGGACUUCCUUGUUGGCAACAAUUUUAGCUGGGCGGAUGUUCAUCUUCUUGAAGCCAUUUUAAUGGUAGAAGAGAAGAAGUCAGAUGUGCUCUCAGGCUUUCCUCAGUUACAGGCAUUUAAAGCAAGGAUAAGCAACAUCCCCGCCAUCAAGAAAUUUCUUGAGCCGGGAAGCCAGAGGAAACCUGUUCCUGAUGAUAAAUAUGUAGAGACUGUCAGGAGAGUUCUCCGCAUGUAUUAUGAUAUAAAAGCAAAUUAGUUUGCCUGGCUGCAGGCUGUAAGGGAACUGCCAGAUUGCACAUGUCCAAUUACGCUGCGAAGGAAGGCGAACGGGUGUUCCAGAGGUGUUUCAAUGGGCAAUCACACAAAAUACAGCAGGCAGGUGUCUUUUAUAACACUUCAAUACUAGCCUGUUUUCUCCUUAAUUCAUCUCAAGAUUUUUUCUGGUAAUUUUAAGCAGCUGACGUGGCAGCAACCACACCAUCUUCCUAGAGAUUGUGGAAGAGCAGAAAAGAGAAAUGUGAGUUGCUGACUGAUAGCUUCAGUGUGUCGUGCUGUUUCUGAGGACAUUUUUCUAGAUCCAGAUCAGAUUUUUAUAUGCUGAUUGCUUCCAAUGUAGGCCCUUAUUCUUCUUUAAUAUCACUGUUGGCAAAUGAAACAAGUGGUUUUUAAAGAAAGUAGGAGUGAGGUCUUUCUCCUGCCAGUUCUGCUGGACAUCAGUGACUUGUCUAAAUGUCAACACUGUGCCUUUAUAACUAAACUGCACUUUUAUUACUGAAUUAGGAAAUAAACAGACUGCCAAAUGAUGUUUUUGUUUAACUGCUCUAUCUAGAGGACAAAUCAAAUAAACUUUUUAUAUAGUCA